GUGUCGAGGACUUAAUUAUCAUCAGGUUACCGGCGCUCUCAUCAGCCGCGCUUUACUGUGUUCUGUGAUAAGAUAUGAAAGCUGUGCUCGUUGACAGUCACCUGCAAUCUGCAUCUUGCCUUCGUGUUGACGGUACCUAGUCAGCAACUACUGUAUAUACUACUGUAUGUACAUCCUGUUACCUGAUGUAAGGCAGCCAGCUGUUUACAACGCUCCACAAACACCUGGCGGCCGAAUAGAAAAAACUGAAGAAACUACCAUGUUUGAAGGACUCUCAGAGUUUUGCGAUAACAGUACAUUUUGGGAUCAGGACCUGUUACUGAACAACUCGUGGCCUCAGUUCACAGAAUGCUUCCAACAAACAGCACUUGUGUGGGUGCCCUGCGGCUUUCUUUGGAUUACGACCCCUUUCUACAGUAUGUUCCUCUACAGGCACCAACUGCCUCUUUCUACCAGACUGACUUGCAUCAGCGCCGCCAAGACCGUGCUGCCCCUAUGCCUGAGCCUUCUCAGCCUCGUCUCCGUGCUGAAGACUGUCGGCUCAGACGUCGACGGCAGCGUAGGGACUUCCCAGUAUGUUGCGGACGGGUUGCGAGCAGCGACAUAUCUUUUGUCAGCAAUCCUGGUGCAAGCAGAAAGGAAGAGAGGUCUGUUGGCCUCCGCAGUACAGUUCUUGUUCUGGUUGUUGUCGACUGUAGCGGAUAUCAUACCUUUCUACUCAGGCAUCAUACAAGAGAGCUAUAAAAACGACACCUUUGCGUUCUCUCUCUUCAACAUUCAUUUUGGUGUGGAGCUAAGUGUACUUCUACUCCACUGCUUUUCUGAAGCACGACAGUCUCGAGGAUACCAAGCUUUGGAGGAAGACGUGUCGCCUCUGCUGUUGGCGUCCUUUCCCAGUCGUCUGACGUUCUGGUGGGGCCAGCAAUUGAUGAAGACAGGCUUUAAGAAACCUCUCGAAUCAAGUGACUUGUUCCCCCUCAACCCUGAGAACAAGUCUGAGAACAUUGUGCCUAUGUUUCAAGCUUCAUGGAAGAAGGAAAAAGAGAGAGCAAAGCUAAAAACAUUAAGAAAGCGUCGUACUGCAAAAACCAACAACUUUCAAACAACAGCAAAUGGUCCCAGUGAAACCACGCCUUUGAUUAAGAACAAAGUGGAGUCCCUGGACGUCAAGUUCAAGCCUCCGACAACCGCUAGAGAAAAGGAAACAUCCUUCCAGAAUGGUGUCCCGUCGCCUUUCUCCCCGCCUGACAAACAUUUAGACGGACCAGGGCGAGGGCAAGGGCGAGGCUCUGGUGGUAGUGGUUUGGACAAUCAUCUCGGUGGACCUGGUGGUGGUGGUGGUAUGGUUGGUCACGGGCGUGGAGGUCCCAGCCGGCAAGGUUUCCAGAAUGGUGGUGGUCGAGGUGGUGGUGGAGGUGGAAGGGGCGGUCCUGACAGAGGUUCCGGAAAGGAAAAGAUGGCCCUAAGUGCGGGUGCUCCACAAGCGGACAAAAAUACCGUGCAGCCGUCUCUCUUCCGUGUUCUUCUGUCUACUUUUUGGGCGCAGUUUUUGGUGUCUCAGGUCCUCAUGCUUGUCUACACACUUCUACAGUUUGUAAACCCUAAUGUCCUGAGUGCACUUCUUAACUACGUUAACAACCGGGAUCAGAAUGAAGUGUGGGUCGGCUACGUCCUGGCAUGCUCAUUCUUCGUGGCUUCAUUUGUCGCCACCUGCUUCAGCCACCAGGCUCAGCACACAAUCAUGCCACUGGGCAUGCGCAUCAAGAGUGCCAUCAUCAGCGCAGUAUAUGAAAAGGCCUUAACUAUGAGCCCCGAAUCCAAACGUCACUCAACGGUGGGAGAGAUCGUGAACCUGAUGUCAACUGACUGUCAGAGGUUACAGGAUGUGACGACAUUUAUAUACAUGAUUUGGUCUUCUCCUCUGACGAUUGGACUUGCUUUGUAUCAGCUGUGGGGCAUCUUAGGCGUGGCAUCUCUAGCCGGGCUCGUUAUCCUCAUUCUUGUCAUCCCUUUAAACGCUGCUGUUGCCAGCAAGCAAAGAAAACUUCAGAUUUCCACGAUGCGCAUCAAGGACCAGCGUCUUCGCCUCAUGACAGAAGUACUGAGUGGAAUCAAGGUGCUAAAGCUGUACGCGUGGGAACCAUCUUUUGAGAAGAAAAUCUUGGAACACAGGAAAGGAGAACUGAGAAACAUUCAAGUUUUUGGAUAUCUCUCUUCCUUCACUACUUUUCUUUGGAAUUUGAUCCCCUAUCUGGUGACUCUUGCGUCCUUCACAACCUACAUACUGAUCUCAGAAGGGGGCUACCUGGACCCAGCCACGGCCUUUGUGUCUUUAUCGUUGUUCAACAUUAUGCGAGCACCAAUUAAUUUGCUCCCCCAAGUUCUUGCCUCCCUUGUCCAGGCUGCUGUCUCCCUGGAUCGUUUGAACACUUUCUUGAACUGGGGAGACCUUAGUCCUGACAACGUCACCAGAGACCCUUCAGCCGAUGACAUCAUUGCUAUCCAAGACGGUGUUUUUAGAUGGGACAGCGAGAUCGACAAGCCCACCCUACGAAACAUCAACCUAAGUAUUCCUGAGGGAAAACUGGUUGCAGUUGUCGGGCCUGUAGGAUGCGGCAAGUCCUCACUGCUGGCAGCCAUGUUAGGAGAGAUGGAAAAACUACAAGGAAGAGUCGUUGUCAAGAACUCUAUUGCCUAUGUGCCCCAAGAAGCUUGGAUCCUAAACGCUACGGCUCGCGACAACAUUCUUUUCGGCAGCUCCAUGUCUCAACGACGAUACAAUCAUGUCAUCGAAGCAUGCGCACUGCAGUCCGACUUUAAGAUUCUCGUUGAUGGAGAUAUGACAGAGAUCGGUGAAAAGGGUAUCAACAUCAGUGGCGGUCAGAAACAGCGUAUCAGCCUUGCCCGCGCUGUGUACAGCGACGCCGACACCUACCUGCUAGAUGAUCCCUUGUCAGCAGUGGACAGUCACGUGGGCAAGCACAUCUUCCAACACGUCAUUGGCAACCAGGGACUGCUGGCUAACAAAACGCGAAUCCUAGUAACACAUGGAGUUCACUGGCUACCAAUGACUGACCUCAUCGUUGUCAUCAACGACGGCGAGAUCUCGGAGAUGGGCAAGUAUGAGGACCUGCUGGCCAAGGAGGGCGACUUCGCCAUUUUCCUCAAAACUUACCUUGCCAUGGAGAACGAGUCGGAACAAGAAGAAGGAGAAGAUCCUGAAAUCGCAGAUAUGAAAGUGCGGAUGCUUCAACGGCUGGAGUCUAUGAUGUCUGACACGCACACGUCAGGUGAUGAGAGGAGUAAAGAGUUCGAAAGCAGCUUAAAAAGGAGUUUUCAGCGCCAAAGAAGUCGUACUGUGUCAGGAACGCACUCCAUCUCCAUGAAGGUAGCGCCAGAAAAGAAACCUGUGCUGAAACUUGUAGAGGAAGAGCAGACGAUGAAAGGAAACGUACAACUGUCUGUGUACCGCGAGUACUUUACAGCGAUGGGAAAUAUCGCCUGGAUCUUCAUCCUUGGUUUCUUCGUCUUGUACCAAGGAGCAUCACUAGCGGCCAACAUAUGGCUGAGCGAGUGGACUGAUGACAGCACUCUGGCCAACAUCUCCAUGGCGGGUACCAAGGAGUACAACGACCUCAACGCUCUCUACCUCGGUGUCUAUGGAGGACUGGGAGUCGUGCAAGCCGUGUUUAUGCUGGGCUAUGCCAUCAUUUUCAACAUCAGCGUCGUCAGAGCAUCAGGAAAUAUGCACUCCGACAUGCUAUCACGUGUUCUUAAAGCGCCAAUGAGCUUCUUUGACACAACGCCAGUUGGAAGAAUAGUAAACAGGUUUUCUCGUGACGUGGACACGCUGGACAUGGAACUGACCUUCACCUUGCGCCAGACGAUGAUCAGCUCAGGCAACAUGUUGACAACGAUCAUUCUCAUCUCCUAUAGCACUCCUGUCUUCCUUGCAGUCGUAGUUCCCCUCGGUAUCCUGUACAGGCUGGCCCAGCUAUACUACAUCCGAACAUCGCGACAACUGAGACGUCUUGAGUCGACCACGCGGUCCCCCGUGUACACUCACUUCACGGAGACUAUACAGGGGGCCAGCUCGGUGCGCGCCUACGGUGCUGUGGGAAGAUUCAUCAAGGAGUCGCAGAACAGAGUGGACAAGAACCUCGUGUGCUACUAUGCUUUCUUGGUUUCUCAGAGGUGGCUGGGAGUGCGCCUUGAGACGCUUGGAACCCUGGUGACCCUGUCGGCGGCCCUGUUUGCAAUCAUAGACACCAGCUUGUCCAGUGGACUUGUCGGCCUCUCUGUCACCUAUGCCAUGAACGUCACUAUGGCCCUCAACAUGUUCGUGCUGGCCUCUACACAGCUGGAGACGAACAUUGUGUCCGUUGAAAGAGUCAAGGAAUACGCUGAAACUGAAAUAGAGGCAGAUUGGGAAAGACCUGAGAAAGCGCCUCCUACGGGCUGGCCUCAAGAAGGAAAGAUUAUGUUCAAAGACUACACCACGCGCUACAGGCCUGGUCUGGAUCUGGUGUUGCGGGGUUCCUGUCACAUCAGUGGAGGUCAAAAGGUGGGCAUCGUAGGUAGAACAGGGGCCGGCAAAUCAUCCUUGACCUUGGCUUUGUUCCGCCUGAUUGAGGCGGCUAGCGGCAGGAUAGACAUUGACGGGCACCACACGGGGACACUGGGACUGCACGACCUGCGCAGGAAUCUAACCAUCCUUCCACAGGAUCCAGUCAUCUUCUCCGGAACGCUGCGUAUGAACCUUGACCCUACAGACCGGCACACAGACUCUGAGCUGUGGAACGCCCUCAAACUGGCUCAUCUACAAGACUUUGUCUCAAGCCUUCCGGGCCAACUAGAGUAUCAGUGCGGCGAGGGUGGUCAAAAUCUGAGUGUCGGUCAAAGGCAGUUGAUGUGUCUCGCCCGCUCUCUGCUGCGUAAGUCGAAAAUUCUUGUCUUGGAUGAAGCCACUGCUGCCGUUGACAUGGAAACGGACGACCUCAUUCAGCAGACAAUACGGUCAGAGUUCAAGGACAGCACUGUGCUGACCAUCGCACACCGCCUGAACACCAUCAUGGAUUAUGACAGGAUCUUGGUUUUGGAUGAAGGCCUUAUCAAAGAGACCGGGUCCCCACAAGAUUUACUGCAAAACUCAAAUGGUGUUUUCUAUGGUAUGGCCAAGGCUGCCGGACUGGUGUAAUCCACUGCAACCUUAACAUGUGUCUUGGUCACACAUACUUCUGCGUUUAACGCAGGCUCAAGCAAAGGACAUACAAAGACAAGAAAAAAAAUAAUACUGAACAUAACGUCAGCUAAGCACACUGUCGGGCAAGCAGCUUGAAGAUAAACUUAUGAAUCACGAUCUGCUCUAUAGACUGGAUGCAUGCCUACCCACUGUGCUCUGUGUGUGGGUUGGGGGAGUGCUACGUGGGUGGGUGUGCUUGUGUGUUGGUAGGUACAUGUGGGUUUGCAUGGGUAUGAAAUUACAUUGCUGCAUGCAGAUUCUCUUGCACCACUUUGUUACUAACUACUCCGAUCAUCAAGAAAUAACAAAGAUAAUUUUGGGAGAUCACGAACGUAGAGCAGUCAUUUGGUGGCUGUAGUAUGCUGUGUGUCAGUAAUUAACAAAAUCAUGAUGACAGCUUGCGUUGCAAGGGUUUGAUGGUAUGGGUUUAAUGUACUCUAUUUCUAACUGGGUUUUUAAUUUUCAAUACAAAACCAAUGAGUUCUAAAAAUAUUGCCUACAAAAUAAUUAGUUUAAUCGAUAAUCUCCACACUAUAAUGUUUUAAUAUAAUAUUAACAUUCGUGUGUGUGUGUAUAUAUAUAAACAUAUGAAGUUAUCAGGCAAACAUGGUUCCUCUGUUUUUAGUAAGUAGAAUAAAUAGCCAGAUAUCUAAAUUAUGACAAACAUUUAUACCUAACUGAGCAAGAGCCUUGAAUAAAGAGACACAAAGUUAGUUUUACGUUCCAGCAUGUAACAGUUAUGUGCAAAUCAGAAAAUGAAUAUUUCGUUGUUCGUGACUGUAAGGUUUAAAAAUACACAAUUGUUGUUCAAGAUUCCUUU